CCAGAGACUUGCAUGGAUGAAAGAUGGAGAUGUUUUAAGGGUUGUUUGGGUGCAUUAGAUGGUACAUUCAUCAAGGUUCAUGUUACUGCGGAGGCGAGAGCAAGAUAUAGAACAAGGAAAAGUGAAAUUGCUACUAAUGUCUUGGGUGUUUGCACACCAGACAUGCAAUUUAUAUACGUGUUACCAGGUUGGGAGGGCUCUGCUGCAGAUGGUAGAGUACUCAGAGAUGCAAUUAAUAGGAAACACGGAUUGAAGGUUCCACAAGGGAAUUAUUAUCUUUGUGAUGCUGGAUACACAAACGGUGAAGGAUUUUUAGCACCG